UCAGGAUAAAGUGAAACAUCGUUCGUAGGUUCGUAAGUGAUUUUUAAGUGUGACGCACCACACACUAGGUGGGUGGAUGGAGACAUGGCGGUGGUGCUUGCUGUUCCCUCAUCCGGCUUAUUCUAAUAUAUAAAAUCACCACAGCCCAACGGUGGCCGCGGCACAGUCCAUUCCGCCGAGCAUUCAACACAUAUUCAUAGUUGAUUUCCCAAAUACAUCGUUUCCGUAAACUGACUACACAACACUAUAUCGUUUUUGAAAUUUAUUGCCCAUUAAACUUUUUGAAAUCAUUUCACAAUUUAAAUAAGUUAUGGUUGUAAAGGUUUUAUGGCGGCGAGAUUUGGCGCGCAUUGCUGCAGCCGCGGUCAUGUCCCGCGGACAAUGAGCUCUGUGCCGAUCUACCUCGUACUGGCCGCCUUUAUUCACCUUAUCUUCAUCAUUCCUUUUGCGUAUCUUGAAAUAAAAUUUGGCAACGGGAAUGAGGCGAAAGAUGUGAUCACUGAUCCGUUCCACAGAAACAAAAUAAUAAACAACUAUCUCAAAGCGGACGAUGUAAAAACAUUAAAGAAAAUAAAAAUGAAGGCGCGCGCUUUGAGUUUAACCGUGAAGCCUCGAGGCAGUGAGUAUGGCGCGCGCGGGCUGGAGGAGGAGCCGAGCGGAUUUCAGCAGGACGCCAUCAUGAACCUGUACCGGCCGCCCCCGCCCUUCGUGCGCCGCCACAAGAAUGAGGCCGAGGACUAUCUCAGCUCCAGCUCCAGCGUCGAGAUGCAGAAUUGGAAGGAAGAGUGGAAGGACAUCUGGCUGGCCAAGAAGCUCGAGGCGCUCAACUCCUCCAUUCCCAAGGGCGACACCGUCAAUAUGGCCGCCGCGAGGCCGUGGGGCGUGCCGUGCGGCGAUCCCAAUCAGCACGACAUGCCGUGGGGCACGUGCAUGUUGCCGAUGGAAUGCGAGGCGGAGUACCGCAUCUACCGCGGCGACUUCUCCUGCGGCCGCACAACCUUCGUAUGCUGCGCGCUGCAACUCUCCACCUACGACAUGUACGGCGGCUUCGACAUCUCCUUCCAGGAUUCCAGCCUCGAGACAGACUCCGAGGAAAAGCGGAUGCGCGACGUUAACUCGCGAGAGCGCCGCGAGCGCAAGAAGAAGCGGGAGAAGCGAAAACGCAAGCGCGACAGAGAUAAGAGAAAGCGUAAAAUCAAGAAGAACAUCCAGAACAUCAUAAAAGAGAUACGAAAAAUAUUAGACAGAGCAUACAAGAACGGAACCGCUAUGAGAAAGAAGAAGACGAAGCAGCUGAAGAGGUUCAUCAAGGAGCUGAAGAAGCAGUACCGCAAGGAUCGGCAGUCCGUCAAAGACAUUCACGAAAUGGAGAUUAUCAAGGUAGACGCCGCGCUCAUGAAGAAGCUCAAUCAGAUAAGGGUGGUCAACAGGAACUUCAUGAAGAACGCCACCUUCCGGGAAAUCAUCAUCAACGGCACCAUGACCAAGAAGCAGGCCCGCAUGCUGCUGGAGUCCUACCCCGACCUCGAGGGGUACAUGACGCGGCGCGCAGCUCCCGCCGGCGCGGCGCACACCCCCGCCGACUACGACAUCGAGUAUGGAUACUUUUACUAUUAAUAACAUUAAAGUCUUCAUUUGUGAAUACCCUCAGUCACUUGUGUACGAGACGGGAUAAGUAUUUAAUAAAUAUAUUCA